AUGGCAGUCCCCGAGAAGAAUGGUGUUGUCGAUGCGCCUACCACCGACAUCGAGGCCAGCGCGAUUCACCGUGAGGAUGGCAGUGUUCAUCGAGGACUGAAGUCCCGGCACAUCCAGUUCAUGGCCCUGGGCGGGACCAUCGGGACGGGUCUCUUCCUGAGUAUCGGCACUGCGUUGACUCGGGGCGGCCCGCUCUCACUGCUGCUCGGAUACAGCGUGACGGGCAUGUUCUUGUACGCGAUGAUGACGGGUCUCGGCGAAAUGGCAAGCUGGCUUCCACUCCCCGGCGCCAUUCCUCAGUUUUGUAGUCGAUACGUCGACGAUGCACUUGGGUUCGCGAUUGGCUACAACAGCUGGUAUGCGGCGACGUUCUCGGCGUGCAGUGACAUCUCCGCUGCAUCGGUCGUGAUAAAGUAUUGGACCGACGAGGUCAAUCCGGGAGUGUGGAUCACGAUCAUCAUCGUGAGCAUCGUCCUGCUGAACUGUAUUGCUGUGGGGAUAUUCGGGGAGGCCGAGUUCAUCUUCGUCAUCGUCAAGGUGGUGACCUUGCUGGGGCUGCUCGUCUUGUCCUUGGUCAUCGACCUCGGCGGCGGGCCGACACAUGACCGACUCGGCUUCAGGUAUUGGAAGCACCCCGGCGCCAUGAAAGAAUAUCUGGCCGGUGGUUCGCUGGGCCACUUCCUCGGCUUCUUUUCCGUGCUGAUCAACGCCUCGUUCUCUUACGGUGGGAUCGAGCUCGUGGCCGUGGCGGCCGGCGAAGCCACGAACCCGCGUCGCAACAUCCCCAAAGCGGUGCGCCGCACCUUCUGGCGCAUCCUGUUCUUCUUCGUGCUGGGCACGCUCGCGGUCGGCUGUCUGGUGCCCUACGAUGAGCCACACCUGCUCAGCGCCCAGGCCAGUGACGCGCCGGGCGCGGCGCAGUCGCCGUGGGUGAUCGCAAUCACAAAGGCCGGGAUCAGCGGGCUCCCGUCGGUGAUCAAUGCCGUGAUCCUCUCGUCGGCGAUCUCCGCCGCCAACGAAUGGCUCUUUGCCGGCAGUCGGUAUCUGUACGCGUUGGCCGACAACCGGCACGCGCCUCGGGUCUUCUCGCGCUGCUCGAAGAGAGGAGUGCCCUAUGUCAGCACCUUAUUCACCGCUUGCGUGCUGUGUCUGACCUAUCUCAACAUCUCCAGCCGAGGGUCGACGGUGUUCCAGUGGUUCUCCAGCAUCACAGCCAUCUCGAACUGUUUCACCUGGGGCGCGAUCUGCGUGGCCUACGUGCAGUUCCACCGGGCGCUGCAGGCGCAGGGCGUGGGCCGGGACACGCUGCCGUACCGGGCCCCCCUCCAGCCGUACGCCACGUACGCGGCCCUCGUCUUCUUCGGCAUCGUGGUCGUCUUCAGCGGCUUCGCCGUCUUCGUCGGCCACUUCGACGCCCAGGGCUUCCUCACGACCUACAUCAACAUCCCGGUCUUUGUCACCCUCUACGUCGGCUUCAAGGUCAUCACCAAGUCCAAGAUCCGGGCCCCAGCGGAGAUUGAUCUCUUUUCGGGCAAGGCGCAGGUGGACAUGGAGGAGUGUCGAUGGGUGGAAUCGGAGCCUCGCCAUGUCUUGGGAAAGGUGUGGGCUUGGAUUGCAUAG